AUGCGAUACUUCCCUAAUAUUUAUUACUUUUUUCUAACUUAUCUUUUGUUACAACCUAGUGAUACUCAAGACGACAAUAUCCACGAGUUCAGCGAUUUUCCCGCCCUUGGUCUAUCUUAUCGGCGCGGAUUGCGUCAGUCCCUGUUUCCAGAUGCAUCCACUCCAACCAGCGCCAUCGCUAAUGAUCUUGAGGGUCCCAGUUGGCUUAAGCUCUUAGCCCUAAACCUCCGACUUUCUGAUCAGCCUCCUACAGAAUCCCCUAAAUGUUGCAACUUUUUUUCCAGCCGCCGAGAUCCGAUGAUGGCAAAUGCUCAAAUGUCAUGCUUAUGCCAGUUUCCUAUGCUACCUAUUCCAUACUGGCAGUCUGGGCUAGCUCAGCUAUUAGCAGCUCGUAUGCGCGUUUCAUUGUAUUCUCCCGCAGGAGGUGAUGCGGACUCCCUAUCUGACCGUGUUCGUCAAUUGGGUGGACUUCAGGUUGUCCAGGUGGUGCUGGGAGAGCUGGAUGAUUUAUUAACUACUGUUUUGUUGACUGGACUAUCUGGCGAAUCGAAUCAUGGUCCUUCAUCUACCGAAGAGGUGCAGGCUGGCGCAUCAUCCUUUCGGUUCGGUGGACUCUGUCGUAUUUCUGUCAAUCUCCGAGAUAUGCUGACAAGUGGUCAGCGUAUUCUUGAUGCUUUUUCAGCUAGUGGUUUCUGCUGCUGUCUCUCUUUACCGAUGCAUGAAAAUAGUAAAAAGGACCAAGAGACAGAAAGUGUAAGUAUGGGUUUCUUUCCAAUUAAAUAA